AUGACGGUAGAUGCGGCGCGGGCCUCCUCAUCCGGAGCGACACUCCCUACCGACGAUGAUGUGCAGAUCGCCUUCCUGCGUUCCAUCGCGCUUCAUCGACCAGUGGGCCCACACAAGCACUUUAAGAUGCUUCCCAUCAUCGCAGACACACAAAAAGCGCUCGAUACCCGUUACGAGCGUCUAUCGGCCAGGCUUGAGAAAUUGGGCUCCGCAGCACCACCCAGCAACGCGCCUGAAAGGAAAGCCAAGCCAUCAACCUCCACCGGCGCUCCAGCCAGCAGCUCGCGCAUUCGACGUGGAGCAGCUCCAGGUCUUGGUCAUACACGCAAAGGCUCACGCUCGCGCUCCACCAGCGUUGCCAGCUCAGGUCCAAUGGAAGAUGACGCCGACCGAACCGAUGACGACGCAGAGCAGAAAGAGGAGGAGGAGCGAGAACGACAGCAAGAGACUGAAGAGACGCGACUCGCCAUAGCAGAGCUUGGCCUCGAUCGCGUCGUGAGCUCCAAAAUGAUCUGGAACGAGCUGCACGACCUUUUCGACCUCGAGGCGCUCGACGAGAUGGAGGAAGGCGCCAUCUUUGACUCUUCCAGCCAAGCGGGUACCAGCACGGAUGCAGGCGACUCGAGCAAUUCCGAUACCACACCACGCUCCUCACCGACCGCCUCCAAACGCAAACCGAACACUCUCAGCGCAGAGAGCAAGCCUGGCUCGCUCUCCGCUGAUGUGCUGUCUAGAUGCGUGUUCGAACAUCCUGGCUCUCCCGACUUCCAUGCAGACGGGGCGCGUAAGCCCAGAUCGAGCUCAAAUUCUCAAAAUUGGAUCUACGGCGACGACAUUCGAGGCACUGGGGAUGGCAUGUCCAAGCGUGAUUUCUACCUGUGGCCAUGGGAGGACUUUGAAUCUUUGAUCGCGGAGCGCCGCGUCGCCAAAAGCGGAGAAGAAGAGAAGGAUUCUGCGAUCGAUCGUAAAGUCUCUGCUGCAUCAGAAGUCUCGACUUCGGAAAAGAAGACCAAGCGCCCAGCCUCUCCCGUCGCCGAUGCCAAAGCUGAAGCAGAGGACGAAAAAGACGACGGCGACGACGCGCAAGAAGAGGAAGAUCUUUCGGACCCCGACUCAGAUGCGGAUCUUUCCAAAGAUUCAACUCCCAAGCGACGCUCUACUCGCCGCGGACAAGAUUCAGCGGUUGAAAGCAGGGGCAAGUCCAAGCGCGGCGAGGCACGCGACACAACUGAAGUGCAAAGCGAAGACGAGCAAGCCGGCAAAGACGCUGCUGACGACGACGACAGCGAGUCUGUCGAGGAGAGUGAUCGCAACGAGCGGGUCCUUACUCGCAGAGGUAGUCGCCAUGCACCUACACCGCUCAGCCGCGCAUCGCGCCAGACUCCCGCCGGUCGCAAGAGCACUUCCGGCAACGUGACGCCCACUCGUUCAACGCGUCGCAGUCGUCGAGCAGGCAACGACGAUGUCUCGGGCGACGAAUCAGCCGGAGAGGAGAAAGUGGAUGCUAGCGACAAGGACCAAGAAGACGACGAGGAAGAGGCUACACAAAGCGAGACGGAAAGCGUCGCUCGUCGUCGGUCUAGCAAAGCGCAAGCACCAGCCUCGGCACGAAAGUCGACCAAGAAACGAGGUGCACCCUCGAGCGACGAAGAGGAUGCAGACGCACGACCUUCCGUACGUCGCCGCAGCAGUCGCAGGGCGUCUAAGUCGGACGACGUCGAGCCAGCUGAAGAAGAGAUUCAGGACGAGGAGAUGGCGGAUGCCAAAGAAGAGCAAAGCGAGGCAGGCAGCGAAGCCGGAGAUGCGAGUGGAUCAGAGCGGGCAGAAGGGGAAGCUGACGAGCAAGAAGAAGGGACGGACAACCAAGAGGACGGCGACGAGGAAGCCGCGUCUGACGAAGCGUCCAACGAGGGCGGAUCGGAUGAGGAAGACGACGAUGAGGCUGGAACCGACAGCGAUUCCACCCCCGGGCGUCGAGGUCAACGAUCUAGCAAAGGUGCCGCUGGUUCUUCUGGUCGACGCAGUACCGGCGGUGGAAAGGCGAGUCGCUCUACGCGCGCCUCCGUCGUCUCGCGCUCCAGCGCAGCCAAAGAUCCGGCACCUUCGACGCCAGCCAAGCAGACUCGAUCGAGUCGAUCAUCGGCCACCCCUGUCGGCUCGACCUCGCGAAGAGGAAGUGGCGACAAGCAAACGACCUCGACGCCGAUUCCUCGCACACCCGCCUCAGCAAGAGCCGCAACGAGAAGCUCGGCGUCCGUGGAUGCUCGCAGCACUCGACGAACGCCUCGACGCUAG